GGCAGCAGUGGAGGGCGCUGCACGACCCCCGACGCAGCCCUGGCUGUCCCCUCGCCGCGCGCUGUCCGCGCCCCCUUCCGCGUGCGCAGCCAGAAGCCCAGCGCGGCGCCCGGAGCCGGACCUGCGCCAGCGCCGCUCCCGGGACCGCGACCCCGGCCGCCCCGCGAUGACCGCGACCGCAGCCCUCCUGCCCGCCCUCUUGCUCCUGCUGGCUUCCGGGCCCACUGCCCAUGGAGCUGAAUGUCUCCCGGCCUGCCACCCCCAAUACGGAUUUUGCGAGGAUGACAACGUCUGCAGGUGCCAGCCCGGCUGGCAGGGCCCCCUGUGCGACCAGUGCGUGACCUUCCCUGGCUGCGCCCACGGGUUCUGCGUGGGCCCCUGGGAGUGCAUGUGUGAGGACGGCUGGGACGGGGACCUCUGUGACACAGAUGUCCGGGGCUGCAUCUCCAUGCCCUGUGCCAACAACGGGACCUGCGUGAACAUGGAGAAGGGCAGCUACGUGUGCUCCUGCGCCCCCGGGUUCUCGGGCCGCGACUGCGGGACCAAGGCCGGGCCGUGCGUCAUCAACGGUUCCCCUUGCCAGCACGGAGGCACCUGUGUGGACGAUGACGGCCGGGCCCCCCAUGCCUCCUGCCUGUGCCCCCCUGGCUUCUCAGGCAACUUCUGCGAGAUCGUGGCCAGCAGCUGCACCCCCAACCCGUGCGAGAACCGGGGCAUCUGCACCGACAUCGGGGGCGACUUCCGCUGCCGCUGCCCGGCCGGCUUCAUGGACAAGACCUGCAGCCGCCCGGUGAGCACCUGCGCGGCCGCGCCCUGCCUGCACGGCGGCACCUGCGUGCGCCACGGCCCGGUGCGCUUCGAGUGCGUGUGCCCGCCCGACUUCACGGGGCCCCUGUGCGGCCGCCGCCGGGCCCCGGCCUCGCCGGCCACGCGCCGGCCCCCCCCGCCCGCGCAGCCCGCCCAGGCCGAGCACCACGUCCUCAAGGUGUCGGUGAAGGAGCUCAAGCCCAGCCCGCCGCUGCUGUCCGAGGGCCAGACCGUGUGCUUCACGGUGCUGGGCGUGCUGGCCGGCCUGCUGCUGCUGGCCGCGCUGGCCGUGCUGCUCUACCACAAGGGCGAGGCCUGGCGGGGCGUCCUGCGCCGCCGCCUGCUGCCCAAGAAGCAGAACCCGCUGCUGCGCUACAGCGGGGACGACCUGGCGGUCAACAUCAUCUUCCCCGAGAAGGCGGGCACCGUGGCCUUCAGCAAGGAGGCGGCCGCCGCGGCCGACGAGAUGUGAGCCGCGUGCCCGGCGGCCCGGCCCUGGUCGGGGGCGUGCGCGGGGCCCGCCGCUGGCGCUCCGUCUUCCUCUUGCUUUUGGAGUUUGUGCUGUGCUGUGUCCCCUCCGGCGGGAGCUACCUGGCCCUGUACCCCCUCUGCGCGGCCGUGUGACGAGGCCGCCCCCCCCACUCCCGCCCUCCCGCACCCCCCCGGGCCCCGGCCCGGCCCCUGGCACCUCCUGCAUGAGAUAAGAGAAUAAUAAGAGUUGCAUCUCGCUCCUAGUGCAAGAUUUAAACAUGUGGUUCUUCUCCCUGUGAUUCGUGAAUCAAAAUAAUCUCUCAAAAAAAGACCAAAAAAAAACAUGGCAACCGAGCCGGGACCCGGGCCGACACCCCUUCCUCCUCCGGAGGGGCCUGGGCCGCGGGGUCCCCGUGAAACCAUUACGAAUGCCGUGCUCGACCGACCACUGUGACAACCCCCCACCCGUCCGUCUGUCUGUCCUCACUCGCCGUGUCCCACUCACUUACAUCCAGUCUGACAUCACACCCCCUUCCUGCUUUCAGAGUGCCGUGUGGUAGGCGGAGGCCGCGGGGACCCCCAGGAGGGCGGCCGCGGGGGUGGGGGGGAGGCCGAGGGGACUCUGUCCCCACCCUGCCACAGACUCGCUGUGUGACCCUUGGCCAGUCCCUGCCCCCAUCUCACGUCCCCUCCUCUCUCGAGGGCGGGAGGCCGCCUCGGCCACCAUCACGACCCCCUCUUGCCCCUCGAGACUCUGAAUUAGGAAGGAGAGGGUGCGACCGGGGGAGCCCCGCACCCUAGCAAUUAGGGUCUGCCGACAGGGAGUCCGCCGGGACCCCGCGGCUUCGGCCCGGCCCAGACGCUCAGUUGAUUGACAGACACCAGUUCCAGCUGCAUUUCUCAGAGAGCGUGGGGGGGGGGUGGUGAGAGGGGCCUCCCGCCCCCUUCCCUGUUUGGAAACUGUGGCCCCUUUGAGUCCCAGCCUGUAGUCGGGGGUCGACUCCGGCUGCCCCCACCCCAAUCACUCUGAAACCCGACCCUCUCGAGGAGAGGUGUCCCCCAAAUUCAAUCGCACCUUGAACCACAAGUGCCCCUGGCGAAAAUCUGAGCGGCCCCUCAGCCCCCCCCCCGCCCCCCAGCACCAAGGGGAGAAAGUUUCUGGGUUCUGUGGACGUUGCUGCCUGCGGCCCGGCCCGCACGGCGUGGUUCCGUUUGUGUUGCGGAGUUAAUGACCCUCAGAUCUCGAAAGACCUAGCCAGCUUCUGAGUUAUGAAUUUACUUUUUUAAAAAAGAGCAUCUAUUUUUUUUUUUGCAAAAAAAAAGAAAGAAAAAAAGGAAAAAAAAUAGAGAGAGAGAAUUGGGCCGGAGUUCUGUUCGCUCCGGCUGUGGCUGUCGGCUGCUGAACAGCCCCUGGGAGCCCGUUCGAAAUAUUUUGCUUCGUAAAUAAUUUGGUAGGACUUGAGUCCCUUAGCUUUGUUGCGUGUUACCCGCUGCCUUCCCGCCCCCAGCGAGCUGCCCUCGUGUCCCCACCACCGUGCCGUCACCUCACACGCCGCCAUGCGUCACCUGCCAUGUCACCUCAUCAUCCCCUCUGGUCUUUCCUCCUCCCGGUUCGAAGCUGGGCAAGGCCCCAGCCCCCUGCCCCCAACACUGCCACCCCCCUCCCCUCCCAUCACUGUUCCCCCCUAAGCCCCUCCGCCCUCGACCCCGCUCCCGUCCCUGUCCCCGAGCCACUUGCAUCGUCACCACAUCUCAUUUGGACUGUCACGUUCCCAAUGAAAAUACAAAAAAGACAAAAAAAUAAGUAACUGUUGGCUGCCGGGCAGGUGCCCAGUGCCCUGCCCGGCCUCUCGGCGCGAGGCCGCGGCUGAGUCCGUUGACAGCUCUGAUCCUCAGUUUCCCCAAAUGCCACAAUCUGAGAUUGCAUGAGAAAGCCAAAUUCUCCAAAUUCUCGCCUCCGUUUCUCCCGUGUCCCCGACCGCACCCCUCGCCCGACCCCACACCCCUCGCCCGACCCCCCUCACCCCGUCCCCCACCUUCCCAAGUGCCCCCGACCCCCCCGUGCCUCGAGCACACCCCGCGCGAUCAGAGUGGGUCAGCAGCCCCCGGCCCGGCCUGCCGAGAGGGACGGUCCCCGACGGCCACGCCGCCUCGUGUGCGUGGAGCAGCCUGUGGUCCCGACCCCGCGGAGCAGCGCGAGGAGAGCGUCGGCCCGAGCGUGGACGGCAGGGACAGGCGUCCCUGAGAGCGGGGACAGGCCAGAUACCGGUG